AUGGCCCAUCCAAAGUUACAUCUCAAAUAUUCAGUACUUGACGUCUUCACGAACUGUUCUUGGUCCAAAGGAAACCCUCUAGCAAUAGUCCACCUUACCAAGGAGACGGCAGCGCAAAUUACUCAAGAACAAAAGCAGCUUAUAGCCAGGGAAUUUAAUUUCCAUGAAACCACAUUUCUGCAUGAUUAUUCCGACGGCGACGCAGCCGGACAGGAAAUCAGGAAGGAAAUCAACAUCUUCACCAAGCUUAUGGAGGUUCCAUUCGCGGGACAUCCCACGAUUGGCACUGCAGCUUACUGUUUCAAUCAUAUAUUCCCUGAGAUGUCGGAGGGCGAAACUUUGAUAACAAAAGCUGGUGAAAUAUCGGUACGACGAGACCCCGAUGGUCUGGUCGGUGCCGAAAUCCCAUGCCACAACUACCGUGUGCAUAGUAAAGGACUGGGGAGAGUGGAACGGCAGGCAAUAAUUCAGCAGCACCCAGAGCUACAAGGUCACGCAACAGCACUUCCUCCUGACUUUGGAGUCAUAAGUAUCACCAAGGGGCUAUUUUUCAUCCCGGUCAAAAUAGACUCGCUCGAGACUAUGGCUGCAAUACACCCCGCGAAGCCUCCAGACGUCACCCAUGUAUUAGACGAGGACUUUGCAGGGCCGAUCGGCGGUGGAGUUAUGUUCUAUUACGAGCUGUCAUCAACCGGCGAUUGCCAUCGGUUCAGGGUUCGGAGAAUGACUUCCGGAGGAGAAGAAGACCCGGCAACAGGCAGUGCUGCUUGUGCUUUUAGCGUCUGGCAGAGUCAAGCGAAAUGCAGAGGGAAUCCUGGGUCUGGCUUGUGGAAGAAGACAAUGAGGUAUGAGAUCCAGCAAGGAGUCGAAAUGGGAAGGAGAAGUGAUAUCAUUGUUGACGUUACACUAAACAAUGAUCUUCAACCUAAAAAAGUUGUUUUGUCAGGAUAUGCCGCUGAGGCCAUGAGCGGAACAUUGGUUAUUUGA